UGGCGUAAACUUAUAUGUCAGAAUUGGCGAAGAAACCAAUACAUUUUUAUCAAUUUUUUUUAUCAACGACCCCAAAUUUCUUGUCAACUAGCUUCGUACAUUUGUUUUUGAAUAUUCACGAGUAGAACAGAAAACCAUGGGUAAUGAAAAUUCUCUACCCAUGGAGCUUUGCUCAAAUUUCGAUGCUGAUGAGAUAAGGCGCCUUGGGAAAAGAUUCCGAAAGUUGGACUUGGAUAAUUCGGGUGCCCUGAGCAUCGAUGAGUUCAUGUCUCUCCCCGAGCUACAACAAAACCCUUUGGUACAACGGGUUAUUGAUAUUUUUGACGCUGAUGGCAAUGGAGAGGUUGAUUUCAAAGAGUUCAUUCAGGGGGUCUCCCAGUUCAGCGUGAAGGGGGACAAGCUGUCCAAGCUAAGGUUCGCCUUCCGCAUCUACGACAUGGACAACGACGGCUUCAUCUCCAACGGUGAACUGUUCCAGGUUCUGAAAAUGAUGGUGGGCAAUAACCUGAAGGACACCCAGCUUCAACAAAUCGUGGACAAGACCAUCCUGUUCGCCGACAAAGACGAAGAUGGCAAGAUUUCCUUUGAGGAAUUUUGCAACGUCGUCGGGAACACCGACGUCCACAAGAAAAUGGUAGUAGACGUUUAAAUUGGCCCUUAGGGCCAAAGCCGGGACUUCGUAAUGGAACACCGGCUUGACAUGACCACCCUUAAGUAGCAAUUGUAGUUUCUCCUGUAGAAAAUUUCGUUUCAUAACAUACACUUAAAAUUAAAUGAAUUCGCAAGUAGUAGUAAAUUAUUUACUUUGCAUUGAAUGUUAGCGUCAUAUAUAUUUAAAGUAUAUUGUUAAGGCAUUUUGGAAAUGACAUCUGAUGAUACUUAUUUAAUGUUGCAGAAACGAAGUGCAUACACAGUACACUCCACAUGUAAUAAGAAUAGAUUUCUGAUUCAAAAAUUGAAAUGUCAAUUAGUUUCAGAAAGUAAUUAUUGUAAGAAAAUGACCAUUUGGAAUUAAGUACAUUUUAAACCUGAAAUUUUAAGACAAAUAUCCAAUUUUAGGUGUUACUUAUUUCAUGGAAUUUUGCAAUAUAUGACAUGUUACGAUCACCUAUGUUAGAAAAGUAGAGAGUUGAUUGAAUAGAAACUAAUAAUAUACGUCAUUCACAAAUUUAAAAGCUUCGAAUGAACACUAACAUAUAACAUAGUAUUUUUAAAAUUCUUCAUUAUAAGAGUUGAAGAAUUAGGCUUAUAACGUGUGGAAAUUUGUUUAAAAAAUCUGAAAAAAGAAAUGAAAAAAAAAAUACAAGCUAUCGUUAAUUCUACCGCAGAACUUGUGCAAUCGUGCUUGUUUCUUGUUAUUGAAAAUAUUUUUUAAAUAAUUUAAAUCUAUAUAAGAUACACUAGUUGUUCUUUAUACCUUAUCUUGUUGUUGUGUGUAAUGUAUUGAAUUUAUAGUUGGUGAAAUAAUGUUUUAGAGAUAAAUAAGCUUUCCAAAGUACUUAAGCCAUGGUGUGCUAAUUUUACAUGCUUAAGCAGUCACAUGGCUUCCAGGCAAGGUGGUUCUAGUGCACAACUGCGUUUCCUAUUAGCCAUGUUUACGUCGGUUUCACAACCAAAGUUUGAACCCUAUGGGGUAACAGAUAUUGUCAGACUCUACCUGCUACCCCUCCGGUUAGAAUUUGGCUCGCGAUUCUUGAAAUUCGCUGAUAGUUCUCCAACGGGGAAUAAACACUGAAUUUUUUAACGUCUCACACUAUUGUUUAACACUACAAUUAGUGCAUGUAUGAUGAAUAUUUCAAUGGAAAGUUGUUAUCCCAUAUUGUAAAAUAUGCUAAUCUGUUUGUGUUGUGUAUUAGCUCUAGUUGUUUUGUUGUUCAGGGAUUUAUGUUCAAUAAAAUUAUUUCACCUCUCA